UUUAGCGUAGAAGUAGAGGUGAGCGAAUCGAAUAAGUUUUUGUCUUAUUAGUACUUCAUAAAAGUUUUCGAUAAAAUCCGUUACGCUAUCGCAGUGAACGCGAUGAUUUUGCACCAACAAUACUCGUUUCCACUUGAAUCAAGUAUGAAUUCGUACCCUCUAACGCCGCCCUCCAGUUCUGAGGAUUCUCCCGCUUCGGGAUUGCUGUCAGCCUCACCGAACUCCAACAGUUACCCCGAGUACGAGCAUUAUGAGACAAUGCAGGAACAGCCGAUGCUCUCGAUAAAUUCCACCAUGGUGGACCUGAGUAAUUCUAAAAAUAAGCCAUUCCUGCGGUUCAUCGAGCAACCGACCGAUCGGUUCAGGUUUCGGUACAAAUCCGAAAUGGCUGGUACCCAUGGUAGUUUGACCGGUUACCAUUCGGACAAGUCCCGGAAACCCACUUACCCUACAGUGGAAUUGAAGAACUUUCCAGUUCGAGCGAUUAUAAGAUGCUCGAUAUACCAAAUCGAUGGUAUCGAUAAAAGCGGUUUCUAUCCGCAUGCUCACAGACUAAUAAUGAAGAAGGGUAAAGAGGAACACGAUGAUCCGCACGAUUUAUCCAUUGGCCCCGAAGACAAUUACCGAGCAGUGUUCCAAGGUAUGGGUAUUAUCCACACUGCUAAAAAGAAUCUUGUUAGUGAAUUGACGAGGAAAAAAAUCCAACUGAAGAAGGAACAAGUUGCUCGAACGGAAUGUAAAAUGAGGGAAUUAUCUACGAAAGAGCUGGUCGAAAUUAAGGGAUUGGCUGAAUCAGAAAGUAAAUCCAUUAAUUUGAACAUUGUUUGUCUAAGAUUUGAUGCUUUUAUUAAAGAAAAUGGUAUUUUAUUUCCUAUUUGCGAUCCGAUAUAUUCACACGGCAUCAAUAAUUUGAAAAGCGCCUUGACGGGCGAUUUGAAAAUAGUUCGUUUGGAUCACGUGGUUAGUCCUGCAAGCGGCAAUAAGGAAAUAUUUAUUUUGGUUGAAAGAGUAACCAAAAGAAACAUAAAAAUUCGGUUCUAUGAAUUGGAUGAUGAGGACAGAGUAGUUUGGCAAGAUUGGGGACGUUUCAACGACUUGGACGUACAUCAUCAGUACGCUAUAGUCUUUAGGACGCCGAAAUACCGCGAUGAGGACAUCCUGUCGCCGGUGCGCGUGUACAUCGAGCUGGUCCGGCCGACGGACGGCGCCCGUUCGGAGCCGCGCGACUUUCGCUACAUACCCAACAAGAACAACUACAAAACGGGCCAGAAGCGCGCCCGCUACGACUACAGCUACAGCUACAGCUCGUCGACGUCGAAUUUCGGCAGCGACGAGCUGCCGGUGCCCAUUAGCACGUUGCAGAUCGGCCAACCGGCGCAGGCGCAACCCGUCGAAUUCGGCCCGUUGAACGUGCCGAGCGGGCUGAGCGACGAAAUCAAAAAGGCCAUCGACAACAUCGAUUCCGACGAGUUCAAGAGGAUCUUCGUCGAGCACGGGGAGUCGUUUAUGUCGUUGGAUUUGGACGCUCCCGCCGCCGCCGCCCACGAGACGUCCAGAAGGGAGACGAUUAAAUUGGAGGUUGGCAGCGAGGAGCGACGCAUGGCCUCCUUCGUUAUCGAACAGAUCAGACAGUUUAUCAGGACCAAGCACGAAUCCUCGUUGGCUGUGAAAAUGUUGAAGCAUUAUUUCAACGAAGACGGGAAAACCAACGCUCUACACGUGGCGAUCAGCCAGCGCGACAACGAUUCGGCCAAGUUGCUGUUGAAAGUGAUGAUAUUCUACAGGCAAUUCGACAUGCUGGAAAAAACGAACAGCGACAAUCAAACUCCUCUACAUUUGGCCGUGUUGAGUUUCAAUAAAGUUAUCAUCAACUCCCUUUUGUUGUGCAAAGCCAGAAUACGUACGACCGACGGGGAUUUGAAUACGGCCUUACAUUUGGCCAUCAAAUCGAAUGCCACCAUCGAUAUAGUGGAAAUGUUGUUGAUAAACAGGGAAUGCGAAACCGUCGGUGAAUUCAUCGAUGCCGAGAAUGACCAGGGCAACACUGCGUUGGUAAUGGCCAUUGAUCAGAAGAGGCUGAGUUUCAUUAAAUUGCUUUGUCGGAAGGGCGCGGAUAUCAACAAGAUCCACCCGAAGAACGGUUACACGCCUUUGAGGUUAGCUAUUGAAAAAGGACACGCCGAUAUCGUCAGUUAUUUGCUCUCCUUGGAUUCGAUAAAUAUUUACAUUAAAGAUUUCCAAAACGUAUCGCCUUGGGAAGCUGCUUUCGACAAAGAUAUCGAAGAGGGUGUAUCCAGGGCCGUACGGAGCUAUAUGAGCGAGCAUAACAUAGAUGUCAAGGUGAAAGAAGAGCCGGAAAGCGAUUCGGAAGAUGGCAUGGAAAUCGACGAGGAUGUCGAAAUAAAAACAGAGUUACCUCAAAUCUCUCAAGAUGAACUGGAGAGCAUGUACAAAGAAGUGAGAGAAUUGACGCCGCAAUGCCUGGACGAAGUGUCUGGGUUGCUGGAUAGAAGUGAAAACUGGAAAUAUUUGGCGGAACUUUUGGAAAUCGAGCAUUUAAUUAACAGCGGUAUAAUCCAUUCGGACGUCAGCAUGAGUAAAGCUGUGUUGAGGUAUUCCAUAGAGACCAACCAGGAUUCCAUUUGGAUAAUCCGGAAUUUCUUGGAAAACCUCGACGAGUUCAAAGCGGUGGAAAUCAUUGACAGAAUGGUAUUCGAGUCAUCGAAAAGGAGUUAAUUAUUUUUAAGUUACUUACGUUUUAUUAAUUAGUUAUUUUUGUACAUAAUAUGUUAUUUAGAUUAAAAAUACUGUAAGUUUUUUCAGCGUUGGUUUUAGAUUACUUUACCACACCGAAAUCACUAGAAAUACACAUAUUUACUAAUUUUUAUAUAAAUCAUAAGGACAAUUACCCUUUAUUAGAAAGGCGCCCG